AUUAGUGGGUUCCGCAUUUCAGUACGGAAUAAACACGAGAAUAAACAAAGCUGUAAACGAGGAAGAAAUUUUCUGAAUUUUACUUUUUAGAUAGACAAUAAUGGCAGAUGAACUGGAAGAAAAUGUCUCUAUGUAUAGGCUUCAGUUACAACAGGUAGAAGAUUCACUGUCAUUAGACCCGGAGAAUGAAGAUCUGCAAAAGUUGAAAACUGAUUUACAGGAGGUGAUACAGUUGACUGUUGAUCUGAUUGGACAAAAGCAGACGCCUGGUACCACCGAUACCACAGAGUCUGAGACGGGAGACAGUGAACAAUCUACAAGCUUGAAACGGGCACCAGUAAAACACUGGCAACCUGGCGAGAAAUGUUUGGCUAUUUGGUCAGAAGAUAAAAAUUACUAUGAAGCUACUGUAGAUGAGAUAUUAGAAGAUGGAUCAUGUACUGUAACAUUCGAUGAAUAUGGUAACACAGACGUUACAGAGGUGUCACUUUUGAAACCCCUAGAAACAGAAUCAGGGAAGAGAAAAAUGGCCGAAGGUGCGGGUGAUUCGAAGAAACCUCUAUCAAAAAAAGACAAACUGGCAUUAGAAAGAGAAUACAAACGUAAGAAGAACCAAAAGAAAGCUCAGAGACAAAAACAGUUAGAAGAGGAAAGAGAAACGGAGAAAAACAAAUGGCUAGAUUUUAAUGCAAAGACAUUUUCCAAGACGAGUAAAGGUAAAGUUAAGAAAAGUAUUUUCGCCACACCAGACUCCGUGGAAGGCAAGGUUGGGGUCGGUACCUGUGGUAAAUCUGGGAAACCAAUGACACAAUACGCGCAUGCCGAUAAAUGGAAAAAAUAGGAUUAAAUAUAUAAUUCAGUGAUAAAACAAUUCAUGGGCGUGUAAGAAUGUUGCUUCACCAUUCAUGUUCAGUUUUGAAACAUCUCAAUCCUAAGCGAAUAGCAAUCUUAUAAAGGACCGCAUUUUUUUUUUUUUUAAUGUUAAAAAUGAUGACUGUUCUCUUUGUGUUUUGAUAUCAUUAAAUGAAUCGUGGUGAAAAAUUCAGCAACUGUUGCUUGCCAUUUGUGAGGUCAUACUGUGAAUUACAUAGAAAAAACUGAACUUGUGAAGAAUUUCAGGGAAUAUGUAGUGAUUUUGUUAUGACAGCGAGGUAUUUAUGUUGAAUUAGUGUCUCUAUUGUGUGCCUAUAUGUUAUUAUACUUGAAAUAAGGAGUAAUUGCCAAAUUAAACUCUACAUGAAAAACAAAA